UCUGUUUUUUUGGAACGGCCUAAAAUGGCCAACAAAUGACCAAAAGCGAUCGCCACCACAGCAACAAACACCGGAGUAAGAAAAUUAUAUAAUGGACAAAUUUUUUGCAGCUGUAUCAUUAUUCCGUCGUCGGAAAUAUGAUGAGUGCAUCGAGGUGUGCAACGAGCUGCUGCAGAAUAAUGCCCUUCAUCAAGGUCCUUGGGAGCUGAAGAUGCGAUCUAUGACCCAGCGAGUGUACAUCGACGAUAUCGAGGCGGACGACGAUGUGGCAGAGGAUAUUUUGGACACGCAGACCAUCGCAACGGCCCCGAGACCGGGCACCUCGAUCCGCACGGCAAUGGCAGCCGCCGCCGCUUCAACCGCCGCGGGAAAGGCAACGGCAGCUGGUGCUCGACCCCGCACUGGUACCGGGAGACCAAUUACUGGCAUUUCCCGCCCGGGUACGCUUUCGCUGCAACGACCUGGAUCUACAUUGGGCAAUAAAACUGCACUGAAAACCGCCAGAACUGCCGGAUCUGCGAGGAACAUACGGCUCGGGUCGGCUUCGAUGUUUGCCGUGGGCGAUCCAACAGGGCCACUGUUUCACAUUUCACGGCUCCAUCCGGACAAGUAUGCCGACAAGGACUCGAUCUCGAAGCCACUGUUUCAGUACCUAUACUACCAUGAGGGCGAAGUCCGGAAGGCGAUGGCACUUUGCGAUGCGGUACUAAAUUUAAAACGAACCGCUGCCGGCUGGUGGUGGAAUACGCAGAAAGCACGCUGCCUCAUUGCUACUGGAAGUCCGCGCGAAGCGGAACAGUAUCUUAGAACGGCACUCGGCGAGUUGUAUCAUCCGGACACGGUGCUACUGUUGGCGAGGAUCUACAUUAAGAUCGAUCAACCUACAGCAGCAUUGGAAGUUUGCAAGAGCGGGCUGGAAAAGUUGCCCGACGAUGUUACUCUGCUGACUCAACAAGCGAGAGUUUUGGAACUGGUUGGAAAUCUUACGGCUUCGGUAAGACGGUACCGUCAAAUUUCCCAACUGGAUUCAAUGAACACGGAAGCGUUGGCAUGCAUUGCCGUGAGCUACUUCUAUGGGAAUCAACCGGAAACGGCAUUGCUGUACUACAGAAGGAUCCUGUCGAUGGGUGCCCAUAGUGCGGAACUUUAUUGCAACAUUGGCCUGUGCUGUUUGUACGGUGGGCAGUUGGAUUUGGUGUUUCCCUGCUUUCAGAGAGCCAUUCGAAUGGCAACCAAUUCCGAGCUGAAGGCAGAUGUCUGGUACAAUCUGAGCUUUGUGGCUUUGACCACUGGAGAUGUCCACCUAGCCCGACGCUGUCUGCGCCUGUGCAUCGCCAUCAACGGAUCCCACGGGUCUGCCCUGAACAACAUGGCCGUCAUGGUUGCCCGCCAGAAGCAAUACCCCAAAGCCAAAUCGUAUUUGAUGGCUGCGAAAGCCGCGCUACCCGACUGCGAAGAGAUAAAAAAUAAUAUGGAAUUUAUAGAAAACUUUGAAUAA